GUCCGGACGCCGUGAACGGGGGAGCUGUCUGCGGUUCACGGGAGUGCCGGCUGUCAGCAGCUCGCACGGUAUACGGGGCGUGUUCAAACGUGGCAAAGACACGGAUUUGGAAGUAAAACAUCUAAAGGACGAUGGCUGCUAACUCGGCGACGGUGCGCAUCCUGAUCAAGGGUGGGAAGGUGGUGAACGACGACUUCACCCACGAGGCGGACGUGUACAUUGAGAACGGGAUCAUUCAGCAGGUGGGCCGGGAGCUGAUGAUCCCCGGCGGGGCCAAGGUCAUCGAUGCCACGGGCAAGCUGGUGAUCCCCGGGGGCAUCGACACCAGCGCGCACCUGCAGCAGAGCUUCAUGAACGCCACCUCCGUGGAUGACUUCUACAGCGGCACCAAGGCCGCCCUAGCCGGAGGAACGACCAUGGUGGUAGCCCACGUCCUACCCGAGAAGGACACGUCGCUGCUGGAGGCGUACGAGAAGUGCCGUACCCUGGCUGACCCCAAGGCCUGCUGCGACUACGCCCUGCACGUGGGCGUCACCUGGUGGGGUCCCAAGGUGCGUGCCGAGAUGGAGACGCUGGUGCGCGAGAAGGGCGUGAACUCUUUCCAGAUGUUCAUGGCCUACAAAGACCUGUUCAUGCUGAGGGACAGCGAGCUCUACCAGGUCUUCCAAACCUGCAAAGACAUCGGGGCGGUCGCGCGUGUCCACGCAGAGAACGGGGAGCUGGUGGCUGAGGGUGCAAAGGAGGCUCUGGAUCUGGGCAUAAGUGGGCCAGAAGGCAUUGAGAUCAGCAGGCCAGAGGAACUGGAAGCAGAGGCCACGCAUCGAGCCAUCACCAUCGCCAACAGAGCUCAUUGCCCCAUCUACCUGGUCAACGUGUCCAGCAUGUCUGCAGGGGAUGUUAUUGCUGCAGCCAAGAUGCAGGGUAAAGUGGUGCAUGCGGAGACAACCACAGCCCAUGCAGUCCUCAACGGUCUGCACUACUACCAUCAGGACUGGUCACACGCCGCAGCGUAUGUCACUGUUCCUCCCCUGCGCCUGGACCCCAACACGCCCAACUACCUGAUGAGCCUGCUGGGAAACGACUCGCUCAAUGUUGUGGCCUCGGACCAUCGUCCCUUCACCACCAAGCAGAAGGCUAUGGGCAAGGAGGACUUUACUAAGAUCCCCCAUGGUGUUCCUGGAGUGCAGGACCGCAUGAGUGUCAUCUGGGAGAGAGGCGUGGUUGGAGGAAAGAUGGAUGAGAACCGGUUUGUGGCAGUGACGAGCUCCAAUGCUGCCAAGAUCUACAACCUGUACCCGAGAAAGGGCAGGAUAAUCCCUGGAGCCGAUGCUGAUGUUGUGGUGUGGGAUCCAGAUGCGACCAGGACCAUCUCAGUGAGCACCCAGCAGCAGGGAGGGGACAUCAAUCUGUACGAGAACCUGCGCUGCCACGGGGUUCCUCUGGUCACCAUCAGCCGUGGCCGCGUGGUUUGCGAAAAUGGCGUCUUUAUGUGCGCUGAAGGCUCUGGAAAAUUCUACCCUCUCAGGACUUUCCCUGACUUCCUUUACAAGAAGAUGGUCCAGAGGGAAAAGUGCCAAGCUCUGAAGGGUGUUGAGCGGGCCCCCUACAGUGGUGAUGUUGCCAUGGUGCAUAACUCUGGGAAGAAGGAGUCUGGACCCCCUGAUGGAGUGACACCCACCCGGCCCUGCACACGACAUGGGGGCAUGAGGGACCUGCAUGAGUCCAGCUUCAGUCUGUCUGGUUCCCAGAUAGAUGACCAUAUUCCAAAGAGGUCUUCUGCCAGGAUUCUGGCUCCCCCAGGUGGCAGGUCCAGUGGCAUCUGCCCAAAUGUGGUGAUGAAAUCCAUAUGCUUCGACACAUUUCUGUGUUUAAGGACAAAUGGGGUGAAAGCUGAAGAAACACAAGUCAUUUAAGUGAUUUGAGGAAUGGGCACAGAUGGAAAUAUUAUUUUUCCUCAUAAAGAAGAUUGAAAACUUUAUUGUAAGGCUCUGUGUGCAACUUUUGAAGCGCCAAGUUGUCCACCAAAUGCCACCAAAGUAAAAGGUGACUGAUGCAUGUGUUACUACCCUACUAAUAGAAACUUAAACAUGAAUAUUUUCAACAUAAUUCUGAGGGUGAUCAGUUCAUUUUGAAAUUACUACAGGCUUCUUUGAACCCUGUACUUUACACAGUACUAAGACAUAUUUCGUGACAGACUCAAAUCCAUCUUACUUUUAAAGACGAGUUAACACUAUAUCAUAGCACCUUUCAAUAGCAUGUAAAACACAGCUGUUUCAAAACUUUCUAUACUUACUGCUGUCUAAUGGCCUUGGGACAUUCAGUCAGACCUGACAUUGUGUACUUGGUUUAGCCUGUCAUCCAAGCGCUGAAAUGAGAUGUAAUUUCAAGAUGCAGAUCAUCUGAUCACCGACCAAAACAACGGAUCUACACAGCAUUCAUGGCUAUGUGACAGAUAAGGUCUUAAAUUUAUCAAAUCACAGUACCUCACUCAGUUGCUAGCAUGCUCCAUCUGAAAAUAAGAGUGGAAAGCAAUUUUUUUCUUGAAACCUGGACUUUGUUUCCCAGUGUUGGCCAAAUGUGACUGUGCACCACAGUGUAAGCAGAAAAACCUUCACUUGCAUCGAGACAGUAACUGAAAGGGCUAUCAGAGAAGGGGAUUUUACUGAUCUGAUGGCACCGGUAGUAUUGUUAAAUAAAACAACUUUCUUCCACUGAAUGCUGCAGCAUAUUAUUUGGAAUCAAAUUAUGAGUUUCUUGGCAACCUUUGCUCAAUUGUAUCCUUUCCGUUGUAUCUCUAACAUGAUGUGGCUGUCACCAAAAGCAGUAACUUACAUAUUUUGAGACAAUGCUGUUCACAUUCAAAGUUGUUAAAUUUCAUUGUUUCAGCAGUACAAUGUUAUUUAAAGUGUUAUGGAUUAUGAUUUUAUGACUGUGUGCUUUAAUGAAGUUGUACUUGGAGAAGAUGGUUGAGUGAAUGCCACUGUUUCGGGUGGAAGGGGUUUCUUCCAGAUGUUUCCAUCUGUCUGGGAGACUGUUAAGAAGCAUUAUGCUGAUUGAGCUGCAUGGUUUCACUAUGAGGAAAACACUUUUUUUUUUUUUUUAGUUUUACUUUUGGCAUCUCACCUCAGUCUUUAUAUUUAUCAUGCAUCGUUAAAUUUUUUGAUGGUUUGUUCAUUGGGACAUGAAAAUUCCUGUGUCCAUUUCUUAGUCACGACUGUUGUCACGAUAGCAUAGCAAAAACUUGCAUGAGCAUAAAAAGUGUUUUGAUUGGUGCUGAAAAUUAAAAAAGAAACAUUUUUAAUUGCUGCAAUUUGUUCAUGUUCCUUUAUUUUUAUAGUUAUUUUUCAGAAAGGCACUUUGUGAAAAAGAUUUGUGAUUGUACGUACCUGUAGAGACUUGUGUUGAAAGGUGAACCUUUAAGUAUUGGCUCGUUUCUUAUCACUUGAAUG